AUGCCGGCUCAUCGCACAGAACGUUCUAAGCCUCGAGCUCGUAGAAAUAACUGUCCAUUUUGUGGUCGAUACUUUCCCGGCAAAUCCCUGAAGACGCACGUUGAAACCCAUUUCGAAGGAAGGCGUCCAGCUGAAUAUGAUCCGCUUCAUAUAUGCACGUCUCCGGGCUGCGAUAAGUGGUUCAUCCAGCGAAGCAACCUUCAGACGCACGCAAAGAUUCAUACGGGUGUCAAAGACAAGAUUUGCCCUCAUCUGAUUCCGAGUAAGUCUGGCUCGGGAGAGCUGAAAAGAUGCGUAUGGCGUUCGGGAGAUCCUGCGUGUAUUACACGUCACAGAAGGGAAGCCCACGGAUACCGUCCCAGUCACCAAGAUUCAGUGGACCCAUGGGUUAUGGAGGAAAGCACCGAGCACCAUGGAGGAACACUGAACUGGGAUGAAGCUCGGGCGAUACAUCCUGGGAGAAGACAGGCCAAGUCUGAGGCAAAUGGACCACGCAAGUCUCAACGACCCCGAGGCACUCCUGCUCGUGCACGAAAUCAACAAUCUCCUGCUGCAACGCGAUCAGGCCAUACGUUCCUCCGUCCAUCUGCUGCUGUUGAGGCUUUAGGUGUACCUCCGAAUCCUCGUGCUAUUGAACUGAUUCUGCGAAUGCAAGAGUCUACUCCUGAUACCGAAUCCGUUCUUGCUCAGGCUGCUGGUCCGUCCGAAAUCUCGACAGGAAAGUCCAACGCCGGAGUCGUCCCAAGCUGCUCAACUCGAACAACAAGUUAA